AUGUGGAAUAUCUUUGGACAACGCGUCUUCGUCCUUCGGUCUCGCGGCCAACCAUGGGGGUUGGAUGGACCGAUGGUUGAUGUAUCUCCGAAAACAUCGCAAGUUAACGGCAUGAACAGGUUUUUCGCCAUUUUAGUGGUCAUCAUAGUCAAAUACUCGCCGACGAUCUCAAACGACGUUCCUGCUUCGGAAGCCGCGUGCUUCUACUCAUACCUAGUAGCUUUCGACAAUCAAAACACUACACCAAAAGGCAUCACACCCGAUUCGUACUACUACCAAUUCUUAUUUAUGAUCGUCUGGGGCUCGAGCUGUAUGUUUUUACCACUGAUUGAAGUCCAGAAGAGUAUUGUGGUGGAUGUUUAUGGCAUACUGGAAUGGACAGUACAGUACACGAGGGCCUAUGAUGAUCAAAUAAACGAGCAUCUGUUUGCGGUCGACAAGACUUCCGGCUGUGUACUAGUUGUCGUGAUACGAGCGUGCUACUACUGCAUCAAUGUAGCUUGGAGUGCCAAACUGGAUGUUCGGAUAAGCAGCCGUAUUGAUGUCAUAUCAACUGGACUGGCCAGGGGAUGUACGAUACAACUGAAUGAGGGUAACCUCACCCCCGAGAACGAGGAGCCUACUAAUGCCCAGCAUUAUCAGAUCCCACGUUCCGAUGCUUGCGCUGCCUUGGGAUCAAAUUCAGGACAUGUUCGUAGAGCUAAGGAGUCGCGUACCUCGUGCGACUCAGACUUGGAAGACAACGAGAAAAGACAGGCUCACCCGGACACUGGUGCCGUCAAGGAAAGUCAGGAGCUCAUGAACAGAUGA